UUUAGUUUUUACCUCUAGUCCGCUUCUUCUCUGCACUUCGACUAGUCUGCUCCGCAGUUCCUUGGCGUUUGACUUCGCCUGCUUCGCAUGAGGUAGAGUUUUGAAGAGUCGCGUGCUUCGCCUCCUCCUCCGACGUUCCCUUCCCGUUGGAUCGUUGCCUCGCCUACGCGUGCAUCGCGGGAAGUAGAGUUUUGAAGCAGUCGAAAGAGGUUUCUUGGCCCCUUUAACGGCGUUGCUCCUGUCGGAUGUCAGGACGGUAGCUCGCGGCACAGAUGGAUCUUGAUCUAUUAAUUGCCACCAAAUAGCCUUUGGGUUGUAAAAUCUUCAUAUGGUGCUGAAGUUAGCAAUGAAACGCUUUGUAUACAUCAAUGAUGAUUCCUUCCAGGAUUCUUUCUGUGAUAACCGGAUAUCCAAUAUGAAGUAUACUAUUUUGAAUUUUCUCCCGAAGAAUUUAUUGGAGCAAUUCAGUCGGUUCAUGAAUCAGUACUUUUUGUUGAUUGCAUGCCUACAACUAUGGCCACUUAUAACUCCCGUGAAUCCUGCAAGUACAUGGGGUCCGCUUAUCUUUAUAUUUGCUGUCUCUGCGACGAAAGAAGCCUGGGAUGACUACAAUAGGUAUCUUUCUGACAAGAAAGCCAAUGAGAGGAAAGUGUGGGUUGUAAAGGAGGGCACACGAAAGCAGAUUGAAGCACAAGACAUUCAUGUUGGUAAUAUUGUUUGGUUGCGGGAAAAUGAUGAAAUACCUUGUGAUCUUGUUCUAACAGGGACUUCUGAUCCUCAAGGCAUAUGCUUUGUUGAGACUUCUGCACUAGAUGGUGAAACUGAUUUAAAGACUAGAGUUAUUCCCUCAGCUUGUAUUGGGCUAGCUUCUGAACAGCUGCUCAAAAUUAAGGGUGUUAUCGAGUGUCCAAAUCCUGAUAAUGACAUAAGAAGAUUUGAUUCAAAUAUGCGCUUAUUCCCCCCAUUCCUUGACAAUGAUAUAUGCCCUUUAACAAUCAAUAACACUCUCCUACAGUCCUGUUACUUGAGAAACACAGAAUGGGCUUGUGGAGUCGCAGUUUACACAGGAAAUGAAACUAAGCUGGGCAUGAGUAGAGGCAUAGCGGAGCCCAAACUCACUGCUGUUGAUGCAAUGAUUGAUAAAUUGACUGGUGCUAUAUUUUUGUUCCAGCUAGUAGUUGUUGUUGUUCUAGGGUUCGCUGGCAAUAUUUGGAAGGACACAGAAGCUCGAAAGCAAUGGUAUGUUAUGUAUCCGAGUGAAGGACCAUGGUACGAACUUUUGAUAAUCCCUCUGCGAUUUGAACUUUUAUGUUCAAUCAUGAUUCCUAUAUCAAUUAAGGUUUCUUUAGAUCUUGUGAAGAGCGUAUAUGCAAAGUUUAUUGAGUGGGAUGAAGAAAUGCUUGAUCAAGAUACUAAUACCCCAGCACAUGCUGCAAACACAGCAAUUAGCGAGGAUUUGGGACAAGUUGAAUACAUUUUAACCGACAAAACUGGGACACUAACAGAGAAUAGAAUGGUCUUCAGGAGAUGCUGUAUUAGUGGUAUAUCUUAUGGGAAUGAAAAUGGUGAUGCUUUGAAAGAUGCUGCAUUUCUCCAUGCUAUUAGCAACAAUGUCCCUGAUGUUAUCAGAUUUCUCACUGUAAUGACAAUUUGCAACACAGUAACACCAAUUAAAAGUACUGGUGGAGCAAUGACAUAUAAGGCACUAUCUCAGGAUGAAUAUGCUUUAGUAAAUGCUGCUUCUCAGUUGCAUAUGGUCCUAACCAACAAAAGUGGAAAUAUUCUUAAGGUUAACUUCAGGGGUGUAGAUCUGCAAUAUGAAAUAUUAGACAUUCUUGAGUUCACAUCAGAUAGGAAAAGAAUGUCUGUUGUUGUCAAGGACUGCCAGAAUGAAAAAAUAAUCCUCUUGUCCAAAGGGGCAGAUGAAGCUAUUUUUCCUCAUGCUUCUGCUGGGCAACAACUGAGGCCUUUUAUUGAUGCUGUAGAACAAUAUGCUCUGCUCGGCUUGCGUACUCUUUGUUUUGGUUGGCGUGAACUAGAUGAAUGUGAAUAUGUUGAAUGGGCUCGUAUGUUCAAAGAGGCUAACAGCACAUUAACUGAUAGAGAGUGGAAACUAGCUGAGGUUUGCCAAAAGUUAGAGCAUCAUCUUGAGAUUCUUGGAGUUGCUGCAAUUGAGGAUCGUCUACAGGAUGGUGUGCCUGAAACAAUUGAAACAUUGAGGAAGUCAGGAAUUAAUUUCUGGAUGUUGACCGGUGAUAAACAAAAUACUGCCAUACAGAUUGCUCUUUCAUGCAACUUUAUUUCUUCAGAGCCCAGAGGUCAACUUUUGUUUCUUAAUGGGAGGACAGAAGAUGAAGUGUUCAGAAGCUUAGAAAUGGUGUUGCGUACAAUGAAGAUAACCUCCUCAGAACCAAAGGAAUUAGCAUUUGUGGUGGAUGGUGUGGCCCUUGAAAUUAUCUUGAAACAUCAUAGGGGUUCUUUCACUGAAUUGGCUACUUUAUCAAGAACAGCAAUUUGUUGUCGUGUAACCCCUUCACAGAAGGCACAGCAGCUUGUGGAGCUCUUAAAAUCAUGUGACUUCAGAACUUUGGCGAUUGGUGACGGUGGAAAUGAUGUAAGGAUGAUACAACAAGCUGACAUUGGUGUAGGCAUUAGUGGCAGGGAAGGGCUGCAAGCUGCAAGGGCUGCUGAUUAUAGUAUUGGGAAAUUCAGGUUUCUUAAAAGGCUGAUUCUUGUUCAUGGGCGUUAUUCUUACAAUCGUACAGCUUUUUUGUCACAGUAUUCUUUUUACAAAUCCUUGCUGCUAUGCUUUAUACAGAUACUCUUUUCUUUAUUUUCAGGCGUCUCUGGGAGUAGCUUAUUCAAUUCAGUCAGCUUAAUGGCUUAUAAUGUAUUCUACACGAGCAUACCAGUUUUAACAUGUUUUCUUGACAAGGAUCUUAGUGAGAAAACAGUGAUGCAGAAUCCACAAAUUUUGGUAUAUUGCCAAGCAGGAAGGCUUUUGAAUCCAAGCACAUUUGCUGGAUGGUUUGGGCGGUCAGCUUAUCAUGCACUUGUGGUUUUCCUAGUAACCAUGCAUGCCUAUUCCGGUGAAAAAAGUGAGAUGGAAGAGGUCUCAAUGGUCGCACUUUCGGGUUGCAUAUGGCUACAGGUUUUAGUUGUCACACUUGAAAUGAAUUCUUUCACCAUAUUGCAACAUAUUGCCAUAUGGGGAAAUUUUCUUGCUUUUUAUUUGAUCAAUAGCUUGGUGAGCACUAUUCCAAGACUUGGGAUGUACACUAUAAUGUUUCGUCUCUUUAGACAACCAUCUUAUUGGAUUACAAUGAUUCUUAUUUUUGCAAUAGGAAUGGGGCCCAUCUUGGCAAUCAAAUAUUUCCGUUACACAUACAAACCAAAUAUUAUCAAUAUUCUCCAACAGAAUGAGAGAUCUGGUGGGCCAAUCUAUGCUAUGGCCAUUGGAAACUUGGAGUCACAGAUCAAGCCUGUGGAUUCAGAUUUAUCAUCUCUGUCUAUUACUCAAGCCAAGAGUAGAAAUCCUGUACAUGAGCCCCUGCUAUCAGAUUCUCCAACGGCUACUAGACGUUCGGUGGGGCCGUCGGCAUUCGAUUACUUCUCGGCGACACAAUCUAGGUUUUCUUCUUCUUCUUCUUACUCUAGAAACUUGAAGAAGAACUGACUAGCAUUAAUGAGACUAGAUGACAGAUUUGUUGUAGCAAUGGAAAAUGGCUUAUCUUUACUUAAAUUACUGGUUUUCUGUAAUUUAUUUUGAUAUAAUUUGUCCGCUUAAAUUUGCUUCGAAGUGAGACUGAUGAAAAUAGGUUAAUUUACUUAUAA